AUUUGUCACAUCUAUAUAUAUAAACACACAUAUUUAGUGCAGCAACAAAUGGCAGCUCAUGUUCUAGUCCUCCCGUACCCGGGACAGGGCCACAUCAACCCGGCCCUCGCCUUCGCCACCCGCCUCGCCUCCAUGAGCCUCUCCGUCACCGUUCUCAUCACCACUGACUUGAUCAGCAAAGCAACUGUCUCCUCCUCCUCCUCUGCCUCUGUCUCCAUCGCCCGCAUCUCAGACGGAAAGGAGUCCGUCGAGGGCGAAGAGUCCUUCGAGGCCUACUUCAAGCGCUUCACAGCCGUGCUCUCAGCCAACCUGGCCGAAUUCAUCGACCACAACCCAGCUUAUAAGCUCCUCGUCUACGACUCCGCGAUGCCGUGGGCCAUGGACGUGGCCCGGGCCCGGGACUUGCUCUGCGCGCCGUUUUUCACGAUGUCGGCGGCUGUGUCUGCGAUUUUCUACCAUUUGAAAAUUGGGGGUUUGAAGUAUCCUUACGAGGAAUGUGAGGCGGUGAGGCUGCCUUCGUUGCCUUGUCUUGCGGUCAAGGAUUUGCCUUCUCUCUCUACGUUUAUGGAUGCGAAUCAGACGAUUUUGAAAUUGCUUUGUGAUCAGUUCUUGAAUCUUGACAAGGCGGAUUGGAUCUUCAUCAACACGUUCGACAUGCUCGAACCAGAGAUAGUAGAGUGGAUGGCCAGAAAAUGGCCAAUCAAGACCAUCGGCCCAACCAUCCUCCUAAACCACAAAGACAACAACAACCAAACCACCAUCAACCUCUUAGAACCAAAACACGACGCCUGCACACAAUGGCUUGACUCCAAAGAGACCGCCUCCGUCGUCUAUGUCUCCUUCGGAAGCAUCGCAUCCCUUGGAAAACCCCAGAUGGAAGAACUCGUACACGGCCUCGUCGCCAGCAACCGCCACUUCCUAUGGGUCGUCAGAGCCUCCGAGGCCGACAAGCUCCCCCGGGAUUUCAAUCCCGGGGAGAAGGGCCUCGUGGUGGAGUGGUGCAACCAGCCAGCGGUGCUGGCCCACCGCGCUGUGGCGUGCUUCGUGAGCCACUGUGGGUGGAACUCGACUCUGGAGGCGGUCGGGCAUGGGGUGCCCGUCGUGGCCUUGCCGCAGUGGGUGGACCAGACCACGGAUGCUAAGUUUGUGGAGGAUGUGUGGGGGAUUGGGGUUGUGAUAAAAGGUUGUGGAAGAGAGGAGAUUGCUGAGUGUAUUGAAGGAGUUGUGGGAGGAGAAAGAGGGGUUGAGAUGAGAAGGAAGGCUUGUGAGUUUAGGAAAUUGGCUAAGGAUGCUGUGGAAUGUGGUGGGACUUCUAUCAAUAAUAUUCAGCAUUUUGUUGAGGAACUUUUGUGUAGGUAUUGGAUUGGAUGGCAAGGCUAUGGCCAAUCAACACUGUUGGACCUACUUAUCUGCGAUUCCAAAAAAAGCAAGAGAUCGGUCUCAAACCAUAUCAUCAACCUGUUUGAGCCAAAACAAGAUGAAGACUGCCAAAAAUGGCUCGACGCCAAGGGGAGCGGCUCAGUCGUCUACGUCUCGUUCGGAAGCUUAGCGUCUCUCCAAAAGGAGCAAAUGGAGGAGCUCGCCCACGGCCUAGCAUUGAGCAACUGCCCAUUUUUGUGGGUGGUGAGAGCUUCUGAGAUUGAUAUGAUAAAGAAUCUUGAUUACAGAAAGGCCUUAUUGUUGAGUGGUGUCAUCAGCCACAGGUACUGGCCCAUAGCGCCGUGUGGGGGUUCAGGAUUGGAGUUAGAGCGGGCGAAGAUGGAAUCAUCGGGAGAGAGGAGAUUUCGACACAGGUUAAGCAAGUUGUUGAAGGAGAUGAAGGGAUUGAGCUCAAGAAAAAUGCUUGCAAGUGGAAGAGUUUGGCUGAUGAGGCUGUGGAACAGGGUGGGACUAGUGCUACUAAUAUUGAUGAAUUUGUUUCCACACUUAAAAAGUUAUAAAAAUAGAGAUUUUUGUAAGAUGAUACUCACCUUAUUCCAAUUUACUUGAGUCGUAUUUCCCAGUAUCUUAAAUACAAUACUGUUUCUGUGGUUGUUGGGUCCAAUACCGAAGAUGAUUUGGUGAG